AUGUUUUCUCUGCUCAACCCAUUCCUGCUCUUGAUUGCCGUCACUCAAUGCCCCAUGGCUACAUCUGAGAUUAUCAUGGCAUGGACAAAGUCCCCGUCAGCCAUUGUUCCAAUUGCAUACUUGGCUGGCGCGAGUAUCAUCUUCUAUUUUGCCUUCAACGUUUCCCCACCCCUCCGCCUGCUCUGCCUUCCCUUUCUCUGUUUGUUUGCAAGCUGGUCAGUGGCGACCAUGCAAAAUUUUACCUGGCCAGAAGGGCUGGGCAAUCUUUGGGGGCUGUCAAUCCUCAUAUGGAUCCCACACGUCCUUUCAGUGUUUUUCAUCGAGACCGAUACCAGGAUGGUCACGACGUCGUUCGACGGCAUGUCCAUUACUACGCCAAAAAAAUGGGACAUGAUGGCAGCGUACAAGCUGCUGUUCAACACACGCCUCAUCAACACACUGCAGCAAGCUCCUGGAAUGAAGAGAGCCCGUCGACCCAUGACGAUGCUCGAGUUCCUGGUCACGCGCCUUUCAAAAUUGUUCGUGUACUGGCUCCUCCACACGCAAAUUGAACCACUGCUCUACCCAAAAUUCUUUCUGCCCUUUUCAGCCGAAGACUUUGCUCCUUCUCGCCAGGUAUACUUUCGCCGACUACUGUCAUUUAGCCAGACUGCUGGGCCACCAGUCACUCUACGCGAGACACUUCUUCGUGCCACCGUUGUCCUUCACUGGAUUUUUUCUGCCGUCUAUGAAAUCGAUAGCGCGCACACCUUCCUUUCCAUUCUCUUCGUUGCGGUCUUGCGUGUCGACAAGCCUAGCGAGUGGCCACCGCUCUUUGGGAGCCUGCUUCAAGCAUACAACCUGCGCCGCUUCUGGGCCCACUUUUGGCAUCGUAUCGCGUACCGGCCUUAUACCAAUGUUGGCAAGCUGGUGUCUCGUCAGAUACUGAGUCUCAAGCCUCGAUCUGGAGCAGACAAUGCUGUGGUCGCUUUUACCGUGUUUUUUGUUUCUGGACUUGUACACUCGCUCAUUAGUUGGUGUGCCGGUGACAAGCAUUUUUACAUGCUCGACACCUUGUUCUUCAUCUGUAACUUUGCUGCAGGAGCAGUAGAGGUCUUUGUUUCAAAGCAUGCUAGUGUCCUGAAAACAAUAGAUCAGUAUCAUUGGUUACAAAAUCCUAAAAGACAGGCUACGCUAAUGGUAUGCAGCAAAGCUGCUGGCUUGGUAUGGGUAUUUGGUUUCUUCUUUUGGAUAUUGCCUAAAUGGCAGUAUCCACGAGUCUACCACCAGCUGCAGUAUUUAACAAACUUGAAUCGGCUUCGGACAGCCCUCUUUGGAGGAGAGAGGUAG